AGGAGACGGCAGGCUGAGGGAGAGAAAUAACACAAAGGAGUAAGAAGAAGUAACAGUGACAUGAAGCAACAGAGAAUAAACACAAGAACCAGGAUGACCCAAAGUAAAACAGAACCAAGGCUGAAAACAGAGGAGAAAAACUGCAACCCACAGAUAAUGAACAAAACAACAAACCUAGAUAAAAAAAAACAACCUAAAACAGCCCAACGGCCUGACAGUCUUCUGUGUGUGCAGGUCUGGACUAAAACCUUUCUGUUGUUAUUAAUUCUUUCUCUAUUACUUGUUGGAUCGGAACCGACACCGGCCGUUCAUCCAGCUGAGUUCAGAGACUCUGCUCUGAAUCCAUUCACUAAGUACAGCAUUCUCAGUACUGCUGGACCAGCAUGACGCGUAGACAAGUGAAAAAAAACAAAACAACAAACAAACAGUGAAGGUUAGUUUUUCGCCUGCUGUCGCAUCAGGGCUUUUUACCAGUUGUAUCUCCGUGCCCCGUGAAUCAACCACACCUCGUAAUCAAGCAGACGUUUUACUGCAGAAUGAGGCGUUGGACUCUCUGCUGGCUGAUCUUGUUUUUCACGUUUCAUCACAAUGUGGAAACAAACGGCAGCGCUGAGCAAAAAAAUUCUGGAUCUCCAGGCUGUUGUAAAGUGUUAGACAGAUUGAAUUGCAAAACGCCUUCUGAACCAGAACAGAAAGAUGCUGAUUAUGCAAGCUGCUGCAUGAAAACCUUGCCGUUACUACUGAAUAACGUUCACCUUGACGACACUAUCAAAGCCCUCGGCGUCCUACAGAAAGUUCUGGAGGAAACUGAGACGACUAAUUCCACAGCCUUAUACCAGGACAACAUGGUGGCUUUACUGUACAAACCCACUGAUGACUUCAAAGGUCUUCAAAUUGCAGCCAGUGACAACCAGGUGAUGGCAGAUUCAGAUGUUCCAAACAGCAAAGUGAAAGUUCACCUUCCAAGUGAGCUCAAUGUUGGACAGAAUGAUACUAUCGUGUUCUGCACGAUCCAGUUACCUAAUGAGAUGGCUCUGGAGCGGAUAGAUGAACUGUAUGGUCGUCGGCUUGUCGGCCUGAGUGUCCGUGGCAGGAACGUUUCAGGACUCCAGGACCGAGUCAACAUCACCAUAAACAUAGAGACCAGCAAAACCAUGAUGCCCAAGUGUGUGUUCCUGAACACCACAGAGAAAAACUUCAGUACUUCAGGCUGUGAGACGAAGAGGGAACAGAAUCAAAUCAUCUGCUCCUGUGAUCAUCUCACAUACUUUGGUUUGCUGAUGGUGUCUGCAGAGUUGUCCCCGGAAGAUGAAGCGAUCCUGUCCUACAUUUCCUACAUCGGCUGUGGCAUCUCUCUCACCGCUCUGGUCAUCGCCGUUUUGCUCUUCAUCACAAACAGAAAACUCAGAGCAGACGAUUCCAAGAAGAUCCACAUCAGCCUGGCAGUCGCUCUGAUCCUCCUCAACGUUCACUUCCUCUCCUGCCAGGCGGCGGCAGCGUCGUCCUCCACUGAGCUUUGUUUCUAUGUGGCUCUUCUUCUUCACUACUCCCUGCUGGCCUCUUUCACCUGGAUGGCCUUGGAGGGCUUCCACCUCUACCUUGUCUUGGUCAAAGUCUUCAACAUCUAUGUGAGGCGAUACCUGCUGAAACUCAGCGUGGUGGGAUGGGGUCUUCCAGCGGUCAUUGUGUCAGUGGUGGUGAUCAUUGACCACAACAUGUACGGCCGUGCCUCACUGGACAAGUCUAGGCCUAAUGAGACCACAGUAUGCUACGUCACCGAUGACAACGUGAAGAUGGGAACCACACUGGGACUGUUCGGCAUGGUGUUUGUCAUUAAUGGCUUCGUGUUUGGAGGGAUCAUGAAAUGGCUAAUGUGUGGCAAACUUAACAAACCGACUGAGCCGAGCAAGAAAAGCAAAACUAAGCAAGAACUUUUCACCCUGCUGGUUCUGAUGAUCCUGCUGGGACUCACCUGGGGCCUGAUCUUCUUCUCAUUCGGCCACUUGACCACUGCUGGCCUCUACAUAUUCUGCAUUAUCAACUCCCUGCAAGGUUUCUUCAUCCUCAUUUAUUUUGUCUUGUCGAUGAAGAAGAUCAAAGCGUCAGCUGAGAAGCCGAGCACACAAACGUUCAGCACAAAAUCCUGAAGUCACCCAGAAAAUGUUUGCAUUAUUUGUAUGAUAGUAAUAUCUUAGAUCGUGUUUUUUAAAGAAAAUAAUGUGCAAUUGAAA